UGCAAUAAUUUAUCAUACAUGUAUUGUAAUAAUUAUUUAUAUGAAGCUGAGCUGAAAACAGUUGUUGCUAAAAACCGUUUUACAGCAGAUAACUGAUAAAUAUAUUUGCUUGCUUGACUAUGUCGUCAUUUUUCUGCGACUACUCUCGCUUCUCUCCAGGAAGCAAACUUAACAGCACAGUCUGUCUUUGCUAAGAAAAAGGGGAAACGAUGUCUGGAAGUUUUUAUUUUGUCAUGGUUGGUCAUCAAGACAAUCCUGUGUUUGAGAUGGAGUUCUUGCCAUCUGGGAAGGCUGAAUCAAAGGAUGACCAUCGUCACCUGAACCAGUUCAUCGCACACGCUGCCCUGGAUUUGGUGGAUGAAAACAUGUGGCUGUCCAACAACAUGUACUUGAAAACGGUGGACAAAUUCAACGAGUGGUUCGUUUCUGCCUUCGUCACUGCAGGACAUAUAAGAUUCAUCAUGCUGCAUGAUGUGCGACAAGAAGAUGGAAUCAAAAACUUUUUUAAUGAUGUAUAUGAUUUAUACAUUAAGUUUGCAAUGAAUCCAUUCUAUGAAAUCAAUGCUCCAGUCCGCUCAACGGCUUUUGAGAGGAAAGUCCAGUUUCUUGGAAAGAAACAUCUCCUGAGUUAAUCACUUCACAUGUAGUUGUGUGUGUGUAUAUAUCUAACACACAUAUUUGAUGUUUGUCUUUAUUUUUCUGUUUCACUAUUGUAAAAUUAAUUAAACACAGAUUUUCUAUAAAACA